GUCAGAGUUAAUUCAGUCGCUGAAGAUGGCGGAGGCCGCUGCUGCUCCUCGACACCGGUUUUUCUGUCACUGCUGUAAAGGUGAAAUAGACCCAAAGCUGCCGGAAUAUGUAUGUCCCAGAUGUGAGUCUGGCUUUAUUGAAGAGGUGUCAGAAAACUUCAGUCUUCUUCAGAAUCAGGAUGGUGCUGCUGGGAUAGGCAGUGAUGACGUGACCUCACAGUUUGCUGAGCUGUGGCAGCUGCUCUUCAUGGAGCAUUCAGCCCUGCUCUCCGAGCCCUCGGUCACAGACGCGCUCCGCAGCUCCGGGCUCCAGCCAACAGUUGCUGAUCCUGCCUCUGGGACGGCGGGACCUGUAGCGUCCGUUGAGAAUCUGUCAGACUGCACUGAGCCUCAACAAAACAACCCACAGACAAACUCCAGACAGGAUCAGGGACAGGCUGUGGAGGGGAUUGUCCAGCAGUUCCUUGCAGGUCUGUUUUCCAAUUCAGACAGUGCAGGUCCCCAAACCUCCUCAUGGUCCAGCGCACUGCACUCAAACCCUGGAGAUUAUGCUUGGGGACAAGGAGGUUUGGAUGCGGUCGUAACACAGUUGCUUGGUCAGUCUGAAAACAGCGGCCCCCCUCCUGCCGAGAAGGAGAUGAUCUCAUCUCUGCCCACCGUUAGCAUCUCCUCAGAGCAGACUGCAUGCCGGCUGGAAUGCCCCGUGUGUCGAGAGGAGUUUUCUGUUGGGGAAUCUGUCCGACAGCUGCCCUGUCUGCACUACUUUCACAGCAGCUGUAUUGUGCCCUGGCUUCAACUGCACGACACCUGUCCAGUCUGUCGGAAGAGUCUGGAUGGUGAAGACCGGGGUUUCCAACCACGACCAGAUCCUCAAGAAACAAUACCAUCGCCUCCAGAUUUACCGGAACGCAGCACCUUUGAGACUCUUUAGCCUCUUUCCUGCCUUUAUCACUUUAAUUAUUCACCAGUGCUUCGUGGAGCCUCUACAAGACCUCAGGUGCCUUCUAUUUCAUUUUAAGCCAGGCAGAAAACCAACUUUGAAUAAGCAUCAAUCCAGUUGUUACUCGUCAUCACAGUUUGAGAUGCCAAAAUCGACUAAAAAAUGUACUAAUAUACACUCACAGUGUACUGUAAUACAAUAUAAAAUCAUGAUCGUAAUGUUUAUAUCCAGAUAAACAGUAGCUAUGUUUCCAUUUAAGGAUGCAAACUAGGCUUAUGAGCAAAACUCAACACAGGCUCAUUGUGGAAACGUACCCCUGUCUACAUUUCUGGAGACUGAAAAAUAUGUAUCCAGAGGUAUGUCUGGCUAUCUAUGUACCCAGAGGUAUGUCUGGCUAUCUCGUUUUUCAUCUGUAAAACGAAUUCUAUGGUGUGGUAUGACUCUGCCGGUGCAGAGUGCACCUUAAAGGAUUAAGGCCGUCCCAUUACACUUACUGCAACCCAGGCUCAUUGUGGAUAUGUACCCCAAUCUACAUUUCUGGAGACCCCCGAGAUAUAUACUCAGAGGUACGUCUUCUUGCAGUUUUUGUUUUCACGAAUCCACCAGAGACCGAUGUGUACACUUGUUUUGAUGAUCUCAAUUUUUCUUCUGCACGUGCACAUCCUCGUUUUGCAUAAAUCCACCAGAGGGCGCAAUAACAUACACUACAGCCAGCCAGCUUGCUGUUGACUGACUGAGCCACCCGCUCCCUUCCCUAAACUCAACCGAUAGUGUUUUCAAAAGCAAUCUAGAAAAAGCAAGGCGGCCACAGCCACGCAAUUUUACCACGUUUUCAGAUUUUACCACAUUUUCGUUAUGUAUUUAUUUUUUGCUUUUGUUUUAAUGGGUUUCUGGAAACGUUCUUCACCUGACUCGAACACUGUUGUUGUGGUCCUCUCCGCUCCAUGUCCCAAGUCCACUAGCGUACAUGGAAAGCUAUUGGGCAAACUGGUAAGCCGCCCAUAAAGAGGUAAGCGGUCAGCUGGUAGCGCGAAAACAGAAGCCGUUGGCAGCCCCAUUGUUUUUACAGACGAAAUGCAGCCAGACGUAAAGAAAUGUUGACAGGAGUACGAUUCAUUAAGACUUUGAUAUACAUACUGGAAUGUUUUUUCUGAUAAAUGCGUUUUCCAUCUGAGCCUGGUUUCUCUCAAGUUUUUACCUUCACUUUCAUCAAUUGGUGAAGUUUGUUCCUCGCCACUGGCUUGUUUGGUUUGGGACUUGUGGAGCUGCGCAUCAAUGGAUUUGCUCUUCAGUGUUUGGACUUUCAGCAGUGAAAAUUAAACCACACUGAACUGAACUAAACUGAAAUUCAAAUCUGAAAACUGGACUGACAUAGUUUCACUUUACUAGAACUUCUAUGUUAAGUUGCUUUAACACAGUCUACAUUUUAAAAGCGCUAUAGAAAUAAAGAUGAAUUGAAUUUCCAUCAUAGUUCAUACACAUUUAUUCUUAUAGAAUAAAAAUACUCUGUUGUGGUCAAGUUUUUUUUAUGCACAUUUUUAAAUAUUAUGCGCAUCUUGGUGUUUUCAUUAAGCAUUAUUAAGGACAUUUUCCAAAAUGCGCAUAAAAAUAGAUGAAUGGAAACAUAGCUAGUGAUUCGUCUUUCAUAAAUGACUAAAAGAUCGAUCCCUGGAAAGCAGCAAGCCAAGAGACUGUAGUUAUUACAUCAUGAUUUUGUAGAUAUAGACUCAUAAACUGAUCAUAAAUGACUAGUGAGAUUUCAGUUUAGUUGAGGCUUGGAGCCGACUUGGACAACUUAAUAUCUGGAAAUUGCGCCCAUAAAAGAUGUUUACAGUCCAGCCGGAGGUAAAACAUGAUAAUUCCAGGCUGGAAGAAUCGCAGUGUUUUAGGUGGUCUGCAGGACAGCAGCUCACCGCCGCUGAGAUAGAUGAUACAGAUGUCUCAGGGGACACAGUUCAAGUUGCAUAUGCAUUUUUAAUAGCGUGGCACACGUUUACCCUAUAGCUGCUUCAGAGCUGACGUUUUAAUACCUCACAAAGUAGUUUGCCUUACCUGUCGAAGGAUGACAUCUGCUUAACACAUGCCUUUGCUUUUUUUUUUUUUUUUUUUGAAGGCGUCGUAGAAAUGCAAAGAUUUAGAUAUAUCUGCUGGAGUUUUGCACUGUCAAAUGUUCAGUUUGCUGAUGUUUGAUGUUUUGGGUUGACAGUCUACACUACUGAAUUCUGGUUGAAGUUGACUGACUUCACUAUGUGUGUUUUUUUUUUUUGGUUUGUGGGUUAUAGUGUGGAAAAGUUGUAUAGUUUUGGUGUUUUGAAGCUGUUUGAUGUUACUCUGUGCUUAUUCUCAGGGUUCCUUCCUUGACUUUCUGACCCAUAUUUUGAUAUUGAGUCCCAAUAUAAUUUAUAAGUUCACUUUACAAAAUGGCCUGUAAACAGUCAUUUAAAUUUUUUGUACAAUCGCAAAUAUGUUAAUAUUUUAAUAAAAUAAGUUUAAAUGUUUACAAGAAAGAAUAAAGAAUGCUACCAUAAAUAAAUAAAUCAACCCAUAAGGCAGACUGAUGCAAACUGAUCUCUCAAAGCAAAUAAAUACGUUCCUAUGUUAUUACAAAUUUUGUUAAAUGUUCUUGGCAUCAAAGUGUUAAAUUCUUGAUCAAUAUACUAAACUGGAAUAUGCGUACAAUGUUGUUUUGCUUAUUGAUCUAGAGUUUUUGCAUCAUCCUCAAAGUCUACAAAACUCUAAAAACACAAUACCAGUUUUAAUGGUUUUAAAUGAGAUUGUCUUGAAUAAUUAUUGGUUUCUUAAACAAUCUGAUUUUGACUAGAUUAUCAGCACAACAAUGGAAACUUCUAAUAUUUCCCCCUGGCAUCAUGUUGAAAACAGUACUGGGCCUAAAACAGAUCCUUACAGCGCACCAUACAUUGCCAACAUUAAAAUAGAUAGUUCCCUGUUUAAAUAAUGUAUCCGACAAGUAUUUGAUGUUGAUAUUCAGAGAGUGUGUAAUGACAAUAUAAUGCUGGUAUAUUCGAAAUAAUUGUCAUGACACAAAACUGUUAAAUUAG